CCUAGAAAGGACAUACAACAGCUUUCAUACAAUAGCUUUAAACGUUGUUAAGUAGUAAAAUAUAAUAUUUGUUUGAAAAAUAAAAUUAAUAUUUUCUCUAUGAACUUUGUCCAUUAUUUUGAAGUAGUUAUAUCAGAUCAGAAAAAACGCAGUAAGUGUAUUUCAAAAUCUUUUGACUUUCAACUGAAACAAGCGAAUUUGGCAAACAAAGAAAGCUGAAUCAGGCGAAAUUGUAAUGGUACUUGAAUACAAAUAAAAAUCAGUAUUAUUUCGCACUAUAUGUUUUUAUUGCAGUUAAGAAUAUGAAUGUAUAAACUAAAUAUGGAAGAAAAUAAUGAAGUUUCAGCUAGGGAUAAUAAAACAAUGUCUGGCGAACAUACAUGCCUAAAUAGAGAGAAAGAAGCCCUAGAUGCAAAAAAUGAAGAGAGAAACGAUACCAAUAUUCAUUUGAUAGAGGAAGCAAUUGAUAUUAUAAAAAUUAAUGGAAAUAAUGACAAUGAAAAGGCUUCUAUUGAAAAACACUUUAGGCAUGAAAAAACCAAAAAGGAAGAGAUAUUAGAAACGAAUAAGGAUGAUUUAUUGACACUGGAAGUUGAUAACAAUGCACCAGUCAAUAAAGUAGAUUUGGAGAGGAUGAGACGAGAAUUAACUGAAUAUCAAUUUGAUGAUUCAAAAAUAAAUAAAGAAAAGAAUGAACAUAUAGGAGUAACUGAAGAUGUAAGUGAUGAAGCAGAAGUAAAUGUAGAAGUAGAAAUUAUUAAAGAAAUUUAUGAUGAAGUAAACAUCAAUAAAGCACAACCAUUAAUUCAUUUGAACAAUGGUAAUAAAGAAGAUUUCGAUGUGAAGGACGAUAUGCUUGAAGGACAUUUUGAAGAUGACAUGAAAAUGAAUGAAAAAGCAAUUUUAAAUGGUAAAAUAGAUGCAGAUAUAAAUUAUGAAAAUACAAGAGUAAAUGAGCCAAUAAAACAAUUUGAUAUGGAUAUUGAUGGAACAAAAAUGAAUACAGAAAAAGCAUAUAAGAUGGAAGAAUUCACCGAUGAUGGAUUAGGAUUAGACAUCAACUCUUAUGAUGGUGAUGAAGAUGAGGACUACAAAACAGAAACAGUGAAUUAUCGUAAACUAAUUCUAAUGAAUAUGCUGAGCUGCAUCAAUGUCGAAGAAUAUAUGCCUAUUUUUGAACACUACAAUAUAACACAUGAAACAUUAAGAUUAUUAGAUGAAGAUGAUUUAGAUGACAUGGGGAUUACAGAUCGUAAUCACAUAGUUGAAUUGUUGAAUCAUAUUAGAUCCUUGCCGCCAUUACAAAGACAAACUCAUUAUGAAUUAUUGGAUGAACCACUUCUGAACAAAGAUGUAUUUACAAAUUUUUCAAAACACUUUGACUUGUUAACUUUAUCAUUGAAACAUGGUUUAGAAGUUAGUUGCAGUAUACAUGACAUCAAUUGCAAGAAGCGACGAUACAGAGAUAUACAUAAUCCUAUUAUAUAUCCUGAAGGAAUAAAAAGCUCAGAGAUUGCGAUGGAUACAGCAAAUAUAUGCAGAAUAAAAUUGAUGAAGUGA